ACCAAAAAAGUUGGAGGAAGCCGAAAGAAAAAGACGGGAAGAAAAAAACGAGAACAAGAAUUGGCCGAAAAAGAAGAAGAGAAGCCGAAGAAACAGACAAAAAGCCCCCCAAUAAAUAAGGCCGGCCGUAUUACCAACGUGCGAUAA